CACAUACAGCACCAUCUCACAUAGUUGCUUAAAGUCACAACUAACAGAAACCCCUGCAGAACGUGGGAAAGAAUGGCAUCAAAAACAGUUCAGACGGUAUUUGUGGUUCUCGGCGCCAUCGGGCUGAUUCUGGUCAUUACCUGCUGCGCCCUCCCUGAAUGGGCCGUAGGACAUUAUGAUUAUAUGGAAGCUCAUGCAGGUCUGUGGAAGAUAUGUGUGAAGCAGAGAACUGGACUGCAGGUGUGCAGACCGUUUGAGAGCAUCGCUGUCGAGGUCCCACUGCUUCAUGCCUCCCGGGCUUUGAUCGUCAUCAGCUGCAUCCUCGGUAUUCUCAGCCUCCUCCUCCUGUUCUUUGGUUCUGACUUCACCCCAUGUGUUCAGAACCAAGAUACCAAGACCAAAAUGAUCCUGGCUGCCGGAUUGGGCCUGAUGCUGACUGGCCUGCUGGUGAUCAUCCCGGUCAACUGGGAGGCCAAUGCACCAGUGUGGGUGUGGGAAGUGAGGAUGGGAGCGUGCAUCUAUAUCGGCUAUCUAACUGGUUUGAUGUUGAUACCGACUGGAGUUCUGCUUUGCUGUUUCGGCAGACCCGGAUCCAGCAGCCUUGGAGAAAUAGUCAGCUGCUUAAGCAACAGAGUUUAAGCUAAUUAAUUUAGAGUUUUUAUGGAAGGCACUGCUGUUCAAUAGACAGGUAGACAAGGGAGUUGAUUUGGUAAAAACUGGGAAGACGAUGUGAAAUUAUCACUUUCAUACUUCUACCAUUCAAUGCUGGAAGGCAUGAACUCUGUAAGACAUGUGACUUUUAUUUCCAGAGUUUUUCUGAAAAUGUCACUUAAAUCCUGACUUCACAAAGAUCCCAAGCAGAAAAAUGCUUUGCUUAUUAAACCCAUUUUGUUUUUUUCAUGCUUUCUUAAUUCCAGUUUAAAAAACUGUCAACAUAAUUACUAACCAGAUUUGCUUCAGCCAACAAUUUCAUGAUGUUUCUCAGUUUUCCGCUUUAUUUUCUAUUGACAAAACAACUAUUUCUGUUUUGUAUCAUAAUCACAAUAGAUCUUAUCUUUGGUCAAAUUCAGACGUGUUUGAAAAAAUAAAUAAGAUGUAUCAAAAAUUCCAUUUCAUAGAAUAGGCUUUUUUUGUUUUGUUUUUUACACAAAAAUAUAAAACAAAUUUAAGCUACAUACAGAAAACUUUACUUCGGCUAUUUUAUUCAUCUCUGACUCAUAUGCAAAAGAAUAUUGAUUUACACAAUUAUGCAAACCCUUCAAGUAAAGUGUUACCAUCUGACUUUAUUUUAUCUUAUAUUUCAGCUUUUGUGUGUGUA